UUUUGUGUUGUGUAUGCAAAACAUUGAGUAAAGAAACCUUUAUGAAAAAAGAUGGAUAUAUACUGGGUUAUUUUGUUCAUAUCUCUGGUAUCCUUAUUAAUAGAAAGGUUAGUGAGAAAAUUAAAGAUCAGUAACUUUAAUCAGCGUUAUGUUGUCGUUACUGGAUGCGAUACGGGAUUUGGAAACAUGCUUGCUAAAAGGCUGGACGCCAUGCAGUUCCAUGUUUUUGCGGGAUGUUUUACAAGCAAGGCAGUUAUGCAGUUGACCGAAGAAUGUUCGCAGAAUAUGACAGCUAUACAAGUAGAUGUUUCAAAAGAUGCAAGUAUUGAACAAAUGUUGGAAACAGUUAAAAGAAAACUACCCAAAGAUAAAGGACUUUGGGCUGUUGUUAAUAAUGCUGGAAUAACCGGAACUGCAGGGCAAUGUACCUGGCAAACGAGACAAGAUUUUGAAACUGUGUUAGCAGUUAAUUUCUAUGGUGUUGCUAUGGUAACGAAUGCCUUUUGUCCUCUGAUAGUGAAAGAACGUGGUCGUGUUGUGAAUGCAUCAAGUAUGAUGGGACGAAUUGCAUUUGGCCAGGCUACAUACGUCGUAUCAAAGUAUUGCGUGGAAGCAUUUUCUGAUGUACUCAGACGAGAACUUUACAGAACAGGGGUGAAGGUAUGCAUAGUUGAGCCUGGUGCAUUUAAAACUGGAAUAAUUGAUCCAAGUGCUCAAUUAAAAAGGCUUGAAAAUAAAGUCAACAGCUUGCCAGAAGAAAUAAAGGGGAAACUGCGAGAGGAUUACAUUAGCAUAAGUAUGGCCAGAUUCACGAAAGCAACUUCUAAUGCCUCCACUAACGUCAAUGAGGUUGUCGAUGCCUACAUACAUGCCAUUACUGCAAAGUAUCCAUUGAAAAGGUAUUUGGUUGGCACAGACGCAAGAUUUAUGAUGCGGGCAUUGUGGCUGCUUCCUGAAUGUGCAAGUGACUUCAUCAUUAAUAAAUUGAUUGGAAAGGAUAUAAAUAAGGAGUAGACGUUUUCUCCUUAUAACAAUCUACAGAUAGUACGCUCUUUUUAUCUAACAAAUACCUUAGUUUUCCGUGUAUCAAUACACAAUAUAGUUAGAUAUAAAAUGUAAUACUCUAAACAUGAAAAGUCGAUUUCAGUUACUAUGUCUAAAGGUGUCGCAUUAUCAGGAUAAAAACUACUGGCAUACAUAACAGCAUCAACUAUUCUGCUUUUAACCGUUAUAUUUAAACCUGUAUGAAAAUUAAAGCUUGCAGCACGAAACUUUAGACAGAUGUCUACAAGCCAAUUGCGUCUCGGCCGUCGUCUGCGUCUGCGUUCAAUUUUGACCCUUUAUUCACGAUUACGAGCAAGUUCAAAUUAUAAAACAAAACAUAUGACAUUGUAUAUAUAACUACUGAAAUUGUUAUCAUUUAUAUAGAACAUCUUCACAUAUAUCAUUUAUUCAAGAAAAUAAUGUUCGCGCAGUUGUGCAAAAUGCUUUCUCAUGUCAUAAGUACAUAUCAUUAUUGAAUAAAGGAAAGAAUUUGC